AUGGAUGGCAAGGUUAGAGGUUGUUUUGUUUUAGGCUUCCAGGUUAACGCCAUCGGCGAAUGGCGGAGUUACUCCGACUGGAGGAAUUGGCUCCGUGGAAACUGGGUCUUCCCGCCGCGGCGAAGGUGGGGACCCGCUAGAAAUCCCAGGCGGAGGAAGCCUGGGAACGUGGGGUUCGGCAGGGCACCAGGAGCGCCCCCCUACUCACCGGGAACCCCAUUUCGGGGUUCCAGAGUGAAGUGGGGUGAGUGGCGCGGUGCUGCGAACUGAUUGCUACUUUCACGGAGUGAAGCCGCACAGCCAUUGCCGGAGAGCGCUGACUUUUUCCUGUGGACAAUUGGAUUUAAAACAAGUACCCUUGAGUAGAAACGGAAAAUUGGAUCAAGAAAUAUCUUAAUUUGGCACUGAAGCGGGAAGGUUCAAAACAGGAAGUCCGCUUUCCGCUUUUUGUAUAUAGACUGAAGCAAAAACCUUGUAAGCUAAAGCCUGGAAAGUCGUUAAAAAAGUCUAAAUUUCCUUCAUUUAUAACUACUGAAACCCCCUUGGAAGCAGGAGAAAAGGGGGGGGGGACUUUGUUUAACGCCUGCAGGAGAGGAAGUGAAGAAAGAUAAGUUUCCACCGUCUCUAACCUGGGAACGGGGUGUCAGGGACAGAAAUUGUUGGAGAGGUUCAUUGACUGUGAAUGGAAUACUUUGACAGAUAGCUAAAGAAGAGAAAUAAACUGAUUCCAAUGUUGCCUUUUGCAUUCUAAAGAAACAAAAUAUCUGAAAAAUGAAAGUAAUUUUCCUUUGCUGGACUUGCCUUAAAAAAAUGGAUACGAAUAGAAAUUGUCUCCUCUAGAGGGAGCUUGCUAAAUUGUUGCUGCAGUCUACUUGAGGACUCUACAGCUGUGAGAUUAAGAUCGUGGGACCAGUCCUUUUUGACCUUGACUAAAUAUGAGCUGGGAGGAAGUUUUGGUGCUUGCUUUAUGCAAGACAAGUGCCUUCUUGGAACAGAUGCAUGAGAAGAUGGAUUUGAUGAAUGAGAAAAUGGAUUUGAUGACUGUUGUGGUUAAUAACUGUGGACAAACAGGGAAUAUUGAUACAGAAACCAUUCAGGGACCAAAUCAGGAACUUGUACUGACUGGGCAAGUGCAGAAGAUAAUGGAGGAGGUUGCGGUUGCACCUCAAAUAAUACAAAUGGAGAGAUCCGAGGCCCUACAGGAGCAUAACCCGCUGUCUUUGAAGAUUGAAGUUGGAGUGGGCCAGGGGGAGUCUGGAGCUGAGGAGGCUUUUAACUUCAGAGGGACUUUGAAAUAUGUAAGGACAGUAAGGACUGACAUGACCCGAGACCAGGAAGAAGAGACGCUGGAUGAAGAUUGGAAGAAAAUUUAUAAAGAAAAAUGUUUAUUUAGGGAAUUAGCCUAAAAUUAAUGAAUAUUAGGGAAAAUGUUGGAAUGAAACUAUAUGGCUUUAGUAGAAAUGAUAUAAGGAGUUAUGUAUAAUUGAGUAUUAAGUUUCAAGCUCUAAGGUAUUUUACGGUAAGAUAAGGUUAAAUAAAUUAAGGCAAUAUGAAUAACAGAAUAUGGGGAAAGAUGGAAAGGAUUUGUUGAGUUAAUUAAUAGGUUAAAUUGUUAAGAUAAAUUAUUCAAUAAAAAUUGAGAAAGAUGGAAAGAAUUUGCUGAAAUAACUAAUUAAACUAGAAUACAAAAAGGGAGGUGUGAGGAGGUCAAUGAAACAAGCAAAUGGAAGUUAAAGAUAUGUAAUAUGGGAUUUGUGUCUUUUUUUUCAUCUUUUUGCUGUAUUGUUGCAUUGGUUUUUAUGUUUUGUUUUUUUUCCUUCUUUUUUAUGUAUUGUAGUGUUGUUUUUAAUUUUUUCCCUUUUUUUCUGUAAUUCUGAAACUAUUAAUAAAUAUUAUUAUUAUUAUUUUUAAAAAAGAGGUUGUUUUGUUUUACUUGACCCUGUCUGUCUUGAAGCCCAUUUUCCUUUUUAUGUUGUGUACAGAAUCCCAAUAAACAGCUUAAUGUUGACUCAGGUUGUUGCUGUUGUUGCCUCAAAACUAUUACCAUUUUAAUAAUAAUAAUAAUAAUAAUAAUAAUAAUAAUAAUAAUAACAACAACAACAAUAAUUUUUAUUUGUACCCUGCCCAUUUGGCUGGGUUUCCCCAGCCACUCUGGGUGGCUUCCACAGAGACCAAAAAUACACUAAAAUGUCACACAUUAAAAACUUCCCUGAACAGGGCUGCCUUCAGAUGUCUUUUAAAAAUAGGAUAGCUGCUUAUUUCCUUCACAUCUGAAGUGAAGGGAAGUUCUGCUUCUGCACAUAACUGUGGCAUUAUGGGAAGUCCUGCUUCUAAGCUUUUCUCUGGCAUUAUGGGAAGUCUUGCUUCUAAGCUUUUCUCUGCUUCUGUACAUACUGUACAACCCGUUCUAAAUACCAAGACAUUCCCUCAUUUCCCUAGGAUGUUCAGUUCAUCUUAAGUUCAUGAAAACAUUAUACUCUGACCUGUUCUUAAUGCAUAGUUGACCACAUCUACGGAACACGAUUAUUAUAUUCUUUCAUGUUAUGAUCAAUCAUUAGUAAUUGUUUUAGUCAUGCUAUAUCAAUCAUUAGUUAUAAUUUAAUUAGGAGGUUUCAUGCCUGUCUAGUUCCGUGCUCCCUUUCCCAGCCUUUAAUCUAUUGGUGAUUAAUGCCUAUAUGUAACCCUUGCCUUGUACUUGUGUUAACCAAUCAGCAACAAGUUGCUUUGUGUUUGUAUCAACCAAUCAGCAACGCGCGCACCUGUGGCAAUGUUGUAAUAUUCAAUAAAAGAGUCUUCUCGGGGUUUGCUCCAGAGAUGCCUCCCAUAUGACACUUGCUACUCGUUUGUCGUGAUUUCAACCCAACACUGAAGGGAGGACACUCCACAGGGCAGGCGCCACUACCGAGAAGGCCCUCUGUCUGGUUCCCUGUAACCUCACUUCUCGCAAUGAGGGAACCACCAGAAGGCCCUCAGUGCUGGAUCUCAGUGUCCGGGCUGAACGAUGGGGGUGGAGACGCUCCUUCAAGUAUACAGAACCGAGGCCGUUUAGGGCUUUAAAGGUCAGCACCAACACUUGGAAUUGUGCUCAGAAACAUACUGGGAGCCAAUGCAGAUCUCUCAGGACCGGUGUUAUGUGGUCCCGGCGGCCACUCCCAGUCACCAGUCUGGCAGCCGCAUUCUGGAUUAAUUGCAGUUUCCAGGUCACCUUCAAAGGUAGCCCCACGUAGAGCGCAUUGCAGUAGUCCAAGCGGGAGAUAACUAGAGCAUGCACCACUCUGGCAAGACAGUCUGCAGGCAGGUAGGGUCUCAGCCUGCGUACCAGAUGGAGAUGGUAGACAGCCGCCCUGGACACAGAAUUAACCUGCGCCUCCGUGGACAGCUGUGAGUCCAAAAUGACUCCCAGGCUGCGCACCUGGUCCUUCAGGGGCACAGUUACCCCAUUCAGGACCAGGGAGUCCCCACCUCCACCCCUGUCCCCCCCCCCAUUCUCCUGUGUGAAAAGAAUCAGAGAGGCAGAAGACAGGGCGAAGUCAGAAGUAGAACUAGGGCUUUUAUCCAGUUGGAGCCCAAAACACUGACCACAUUUCCCCACUGUUACCUUCUGCCAAAAUGGCUAACUCCAAAUGAAUUGAACAAUAAUUGCAGUUAACAGAAGAUCAAAACAAUAAUUUUAAAAAUGCUGAGAGCCAAGCUCUGUUUAAAAAUUUAAAGAACAUUCCAAAAUCAAUUUAAGUAGCAGAAAAACCAGGGUGUGGGGCACCAUUGCUAGUGAAAUACCACCUCCAUGGAAGAAAAUAAUUUGCUGCAUCCCAGGUGCUGGGACAGAAAAGACCCUGUGGGACAUUGCCCCCAAGUCACAAAAUCAUUCCAUGCAGAUUUUUGUAAAUGAUUUCCCAUAAAAAUAGAAGGGGAAGAUGCCCGAGAAUCUAACCCUGCUUACAUCCUGUUUGACUAAGCCAUCUUCUGAGAGUUCUGCUUUUCUGGUUCCUAUUACAUAAUUCCCUUCUAAGUUUAGCGAAAUUCUCCCAGAGGUUCAGCACCACAGACAGAAAGGCAGAAGCAACAAGGAGGUUCUUCGCUCACUGCUUCAAGUUGAAUCCGAGAGGUGAGGAGAGAAAAGGGACUUCUGAGUCUGUCUAGAGGUAUGUCUGCUAAGCCAGAAACUGAACCUGAAUCAAAGGCUGCAUACACACUACACACUUAAAGCACCCCCAAAAAUAUCCCAGGAAAGGUCAUUUUUUAAAGCUGCUCUCUGUAGCUCUGUGAGGGGUAAGCUAUCAUUCUGAGGAUUCACAGUUCACAAGAAGAGGUUUAGUAAGCAGAUGUUUUGGGGGGGGGGUUUCUGAGGGUUGUGAGCAGAGCCAACCUUACUAUUGGGCAGGGUGAGGGAGCUGCUUCAGGCAGAAAGCUGAUUUAAGGUGUUGUGUCAAAAUAAUUUGACUGGCCUUUAAUACUAUGCACCUUGUUUUUUGCUUUGUUUUUUUGGGUGUGUGUGUGUGUGUGUGUGUGUGUGUGUGUGUGCCAGUUCCUGCUCCACCUCAAAUAUCAAAACGUCUUGGGCUUGCCCUGGUGUUAAAGGCAGCUUUCUUUCUGUAUCUCUUUUUCUCUCUCUCCCACUCUCAGAGAAAGAAGCAAAAGAGGCUGUUUUUCCCAAGGGCGACUAUUGCAGAACAAAACUCAGGCAAAAAUGGGAAGGUUCUGGGAGAGGUAGUUCUCCUGUUUCUUGCAUUUAUUCUGCAGCUGCAGCUAUAGUCAGCAAGGGGUUCAUCCAUGGUUUUUGCGCUGCGUUUCUAGGCUCAGGUCUUUGCUUUCAAGCUCCCUGCCGGAGCACUCCCCCUAGUUUCUCUCAGUGUCUCAUUUCCCCAGUCUUUAGUUCUCCACAUUUCCACAUCAGUGAGGGCUCAUCCUCCCCCGCAAGCUGCUAUUUGCCUCACAAGGGUGGCAAAUAGCAACCUGAGAAGAGAAAUUUCACCUGUGGAAACAACAUGGAACUAUCAAAGGGAGGGGCGGCAAUUGGGUCCUCCUUUCUCUUCAGUCUUCUCCUUCUUCUCCAUUCAUUGCUGCCCAACAAACACACACAAACAGAUGCACUUGGCUCCUUAGCUCAGAUUCCACAGUGGCCCUCUCACCAGGGUGCGAGCUUCCUUUGCGUUCCUGUGUGAGAUACCUCAGGAGCAUGACUCUUUUGGUGCCUGGGUGCCUGUGGAAAGAGACUGGCUCCACUGUGUGUGUGUGUGUGUGUGUGUGUGUGUGUGGUUGUGAUUGUGUGUGUGUACCAGUAUGGAGACUCCCUCAGCUCUCCCACACUCCCUCAUGGACAAGCUUCCUGGGCUCAUAUGCCAGCAGUGGGCAAGAUCAGAGUGGGUGGAACAACUGACAAAAUUCUUACCUUUGUACAGCAAAAAAAACCAGAGGUUUCUAUAGCCACUAGCAUUCCAUGCACAUUUCUCCUCAAUCCAGGAAAGCAAAAGGGCAUUCUCACCAACCGAGGGCACAUUCCAGGCAAGCUAAUUCUCAAGAAGGAUGCGGAGUGAAAAGGUGUGGAGCCUAGUAAGAAUUUCAAGGGCCAGAUACAGAGGACUGGAGGGCCACAUUUGGCCCCCUCCCCCCAUGGCUUGAGGUUUCCAACCCCUUGGCUAAUUUAACCCUGCAUUAUAAACAGGAAAAGUGAGGCUGUGGCUAGUGGCCCUUAUGACCCUGGCGUCUGAAUUCAUGGUAGAUGGUCAAAUUCGAAUGGGAGACUUUGUGGCGAAAACUGCUUGCAUAUUUUUAUUCUUCCAGAAUCUAUGAGUUCCAAGCACCCUCUCUGCUUCAGCCAGCACUGCUCACUUAGUGCCUCAUGCUCCUCUUCUCUUAUUUCUUUGCCCCAGAGCUCCAACCUCAGAAAGAAGCCUUCAGUUCAGAAAAGAUGCCAAAGGGCAGAAGGACCAGAGGACUCAUGAGCCUCACCUGGGAGGUGAAGAACCCAGCCUCAUCCAUGGCGACGGUGACACUGUUGAUUCUUACCUUUCUCUGCAAAGGUAGAUGUGGUGGCUGGGGAACCUGCAGCCAGCACGGCCAACCCCCAACUUUUCAAGGGUCACAUACUAUCCAUCCCUGGUGUGCAGAAAUGAGAAAAUUUGCUCUUCUGAGUGCUAUGUCCCAAGAGGGAAGGGCCGUGGCUCAGUGGAGGAGAACUUCCUUUUGGAAACUGACAGUUUUUUAAUGAAAGGGAUAGUGCUGUGCUGUUUUCAUUGUAACUAUAUGUAUGUUUCAAGUGUAUGUGUGUAGUUUUGAUUCUACCAAUGUUUAAUUGUUUUUUAGUGACUAUUUCCCCCUCAGCUGUUUAUACAGUCAUACCUCGGGUUACAGACGCUUCAGGCUGCGUUUUUUCGGGUUAUGGAUCUGCCAAAACCUGGAAGUAUCGGAACGGGUUACUUCCGGGUUUCAGCCGUCGCGCAUGCGCAGAAGCGCCGAAUUGCAACCUGCGCAUGCGCAGACGUGCUGCUGCGGUUGUGAACAUGCAUCCCACACGGAUCACGUUCGCAACCCAAGCGUCCACUGUAUUUUUAUCUGUAAGCCACCUUGAGUACCUGUCAGGCAAAAAAGGCGGGGUAUAAAUAAACAGCAGCAGCAGCAGCAACAACAAACAGCAACAACAACAACUUGCAUGCAAAAAGAUCCAGGUUCAACCCUCAGCAUCUCCAGAAAGGGCUGGGGGAGGUUCCUAUCUGGGAUCCUGGAAAGCCACUACCCAUCAGAGUAGAUGGACCAGUGGAUGGACUCAGCAUAAGGCAGCUUCUGAUCAGGUCCAGGUUUUGGGUGGUCCUUGAUCAAGACACCCUCCAUGCAUGCCCCUUCCUCACAGAGUCUCCCUCUCACUGCAGGAGCUCCAGAGGGUUCUUAUCAUUGAGUCCCUACUGGGAUAAGGGCUCAUGACAGACACCCAACCAUGCCACCUCCUGAGGCCAGCCCUGCUUCCUAUGUACCUCAUAGGUUUUGCUCACUUCAUGGUUUAUUUUAAGAGUGAAGAAUUUGAAAACUUGGAAAUGAUGAGUCCUGAGUACAAAUGGCAGGAAGAGUUCCAGUGUGAGGCCCAAGGAGCACUGGAAUAUCCCUGGUUCGGGGUCCUUGGCCAGGGGACUUGAGAGCACCUUCCUCCUUCUGAGUGUGUGGCACCUGCUAGAAACUCACACCUGAAUGUCCUCCUCCUUCUUGCCCAGGGAAAUGCUUACCCCUGAGGUCCUGCUACUGUGGUGGGUGGUUGGGAAGUCCUGGGACUGGAGACCCACCACAAUCCCCAGGUGCCGCUGCUCCAGACAACCCCUGAUGUUUUGGUGCUGUUGACUGUGCAGAAUGUUCUUCUCAAGGUGUACAGUAUGCUGGCAAGAGGGUCAGCUGCAAAACUUGUCUUCGCUAAGCCCACAAACCAGUGAACACCUUUCUUCUUUCCUUUGGCAGGUCUGCAGAGUCAGCACCCGGGAUAUGAACUUAAAGCGCUAGAGGCUGUCACCGUGCAGAGAGGUCUCUGCGUUCACAUUCCCUGCAACUUCACUUAUUCCACUUCUGAGGAUCGGUAUCCUGAGGAAUUAUAUGUCUACUGGAUUAAGGACAAUGGUGCUGGGUCCUAUAUUCGCAACAAGUGGCACCCAAAUGCUGGUAGUGUUGUUGCCAGUAGUGACAAGGAUCAAAGCAUUGCCUCAUUUGCUGGGAAUCGUUUCCAGUUGACUGGAAAUCUAUCAGAAGGUGACUGUUCCUUUAGCAUCAAUGAUGUUAAGUUUGAGGAUGAAGGGCAGUACUAUUUUCGAAUUGAGAAAGGAACCUUAAGAUUCAGCUAUCGUGUUUCUUUUAUUUUACCUCGUGUUUCUGUGACAGGUAAGAGGUUUCCUACUUCUUUAUUUGCUCCCUCAUUCCCUGUUUUGUGCUCUUUCAUGCUGUAAAGGGAAGAAAGGCUCUGCCUACAAAUAUCCCUGGACCUCUGGACAUUAUGCUGAUGCGAAAGGGACAGGAGGUACAAGUGCUCCAUGCUUCCUGUUCCUCUCCAUUAUUGUAAAACCAAAAUUAGAUCAUUUGCAUCUCCAAAUGUCUGAAUACUUUACACAGCUCAGUAGAGGGAAGAACUCUCUUGUGGAUUCUGUGCUGACAAUUUGGAGAAACAGGAAACUGGAGGCAUUUUCUCCUUCACUUCCAGCUGCAUCCCAUCACCUGCUUCUUCUCCUUCCCCAGCAUCUCUCCACAGCUUCCUCAAUGGCAGGAGAAGCAGAGAGGUAUUCUCUUGCCACCUUUGAAAUCAGCCUCAGUGCAGAUCUGGAACAUUGUCCCAAUCCACUACAUCCUGAAUUCUAGGACCAGAGGGUGCUUUGGGUGGGGGACAUUUCUUUCAUUCAUGGGCCUCAUUCCAGGGGCCACAUGCAAGUGGUGGGCAGGGCCAGAAGCACACAUGGAUGGAGCCUCAAGCAAAUGUGGGCAGAGCAACAGGCGUGCCUCUUAUCUUGUCCAGGCCUCAAACUCAGGUCACUUUCCCAUAGCUGACUGGUUUUAAGGUGAGUGCAGAGUGGGUUGAGGCACGGGGCUAAAAUUAGGGGCACUUUGCUCCUCCCCUGUUUCUCCUGCUGCUGUUCUGCACAGAGCUAAGCCUUGAUUUGGCUUAGCAUGGAGGUGGAGAACCUUCCCCUUGCUGGUGUGGGGCAGGUGGUUUUACAGGAGAUUAAGCCUCAGCUUAAUGUCUGAGCCCCAAACAAACCAUGAGCAGUUAGCUAAAAAGCAAGCCUAUGCUACGGCUCAUGGUUUCUUUUGGAGAGAAACAAAUCUUGAACCUGAGUUUAGAUCAAUGAUUCCCAAUUAGGGUCCGUGGAAUACACACAGGGCCUCCCCGGCCCUAUCGCUUGCCUUUCCCCCAACUCAUUUUUUUGCCAUUUUUGCAUGGUAUUUCACAAAUUUUAUGGUCUGUUUUAGCACUCCGCAAUUUUUCAAUAUAUUGGUUAAAACUGGUUUUGAAAUCACACAGUGAUAACGAUUUCGACCCAGCAAUACGUAGCAGUAUAUCACUCCCCAUACAAGGAAGAGCAGGGCAGCUGAUUUCAAGGCACCACCCAAAUCGCAGGAUGAUUUCAGCCCAUCACUCUGCUGAUCUGAGCUGCCUUCCUUCACACCAAGGGAGACCAGGGCAGCCGAUUGCGAGGUGCUGCCUUCUCCUCACGCUGAUGCUGACUGCUCUCACUUCAAGGAAUUGUGGCACUACCUUUCCCCGGCACGGACUCAGAGCAGCUUUUUUUAGUCAGCAGGAAAGCAGCAGCAGCAGCCACAGUGCAUGUGCUUCUUCACCGGCUGCCCCCCUGAUUGUGGCUUGAUGCACCCCCACCCCCUCAAACUCAAACCAUGCAGUGGGGGUGACAUCGCUUCCUCUCCUCCCCCCAGCCAUCCAAUCUCUGCGGCUGCUCUUUCCCUCAUCCCCAUGUCCAAUCUCCAAUUUCAGACAUCGUGAUAUAUCAGAACAUUGUGAUGUUUAGCUGCUGAUAUAUCACAAUGUUGAAUACCAGAUAUCUCUCAGCCCUAGUCUGGUUUUUUUUAGUACACCUAAAAUGCUUUGCUUAUUAAAGGCUACCCCACAUUUUGUUCAAAAAAUUGCUUUGCAGAGGUAACUACCAUAGAGCUAUCAAAAUGUUCAAAAGUGGGGGGACUGUGGCUUGGCUUUUGGAAAAUAGGGGGUCCUUGUUGUUGUUGUUGUUGUUGUUGUUUAAUCGUGUCCGACUCUUCGUGACUCCAAGGACCAGAGCACACCAGGCACUCCUGUCUUCCACUGCCUCCCGCAGUUUGGUCAGACUCAUGCUGGUAGCUUCGAGAACACUGUCCAACCAUCUCGUCUUCUGUCAUCCCCUUCUCCUUAUGCCCUCAAUCUUUCCCAACAUCAGGGUCUUUUCCAGGGAGUCUUCUCUUCUCAUGAGGUGGCCAAAGUAUUGGAGCCUUAGCUUCAGGAUCUGUCCUUCCAGUGAGCACUCACGGCUGAUUUCCUUAGUAAUUAGUUAAUUGGGAACCACUGGUUUAGAUUAACAUUCUGUCAAACCAUGGCUUAGCUCCUGGCAACAUGGCAGGAGCAAAACACCUUUGAUUUGGGUCCCCUGCACCAACACAGUGUGCAUUCACCUUCAAACAAUAGUUCAUCUAGGUUUAAGGUGAUAUGAAAGCCAGGCUUGUGUUGGCUACAUGGCAUUCAGGGAAAUGUCAGCUGUUUCUACAUGGUCAUCCACCUCUUUCCAUUCAGACAAGCUAGACUCAUUACACAGUUCAACAACCCAUUCCUGGAAGAAGGUGUGUGCAUGGAGGGGGUGGGGAGUGUGGCCAGGGGAGUUCUGGAUUUGUUCCAUGUCUCCUAGGUGGAAUCUACACACAUAUAAAAAAACGCUGAGGAAUUUUUUUUUAAUCCACUGAAUUUGCCAUGGCUCACCAUCACCAUCUAGUGUCACAUUUGUAUAUUGCACUUUGCAACACACUUGAAACGUUUUAUUUGCAACAGUAUAGCUGAGCCCCUAGAAAUUGCCCUCUCCAAGCUCUUCACUCCACGGCAAAAGAUAUGCAGACCUGCUUCCUAUUCCCCUGUAUGCAAGUGAGCAGUUUGGGUGGGUGGCCAUUUGCUUCAGAAAAAAUAGUUCAAGGGUUAAGUGACCCCUUCUCAGCCUGUGCUCCUAUGAAAGACAGAUCCCUCCUGUGGCUGCUGCAUUCAAGGUGUUAUUUCCCCCCCUUUUUUCUUUCUGUGUCUCCCAAAUCGCAUCUGGCUUCAUCCUCCAAUUUCAGGAUCCUGAGUAUCAAACAUCAUGUUCAGCAGCAUAGUGGCAGCCAUCAAGAUUUCUCUCUCUCCAGGCUGAGUCCACAAUGAGCAGAAACACUGACCAACAUUGGUAGAGAAAGCAGACCAUUGCAUGGGGAAUCAGUCUACUAAGGGAGAGACACAAAGUUAUUGUUAAAGGACAAAUGAAAGAAUGGCAGGAUUUGCUGCAAGGUGGGGGAUAAAGUAGUGCUGGUGACCAUCCAUAAUUCAGGACUCCUGUGUCCUGUUCCCUAGUUACUUUAGUCUGUGAAUUUUCUUCUGAUCCCAUCCUGGGGACUUUUGUUUUCUCAGAGCUGGCAGAGAAGCCAAAGAUCCUGAACUUACCAGAGGUGGUUUUGGGGAAGAGCAUCACCCUCAUCUGCCAGGCGCCAGGGACCUGCCCAUGGAAAGAAUCAUGGAGCCAGCCUCAGAUCUCAUGGAGUAAUUUGCCAGGAACAACAACUGCACAGAACCAUCAGCACAGCAGUGGGAGCUGGACCUUUGCUUCUGGCUUCACCUUCACACCAUCUCUGCAGGAUCAAGGCAGAGCCCUCACUUGCCGUGUCAGAUACCCUGCAGUUGAUACAACAGUUGCAAAUACAAUCUCUCUUGAAGUGGUCUGUGAGUAGCUCCCAUAGCUCAGUACUGCUUCCCCCUCCCAUGAAUGACCAACAGUUCUUUCUAGCCCAUGCAAGCUAAUUUACUCUCUUCAUGCUCCCCUCACUGUUUUCUUAUGUUUCAGACCCACCUCAGGACAUCAGAAUCACAAGGCCUGGACACCCUGGUGAGAUACAAAACUCUUAAGUGUUUUUGCACACCCCCAUCCUCACUGAGCUCCGCUGGACAACCAAUAGCUGCUUAGGGAUCUCAGAGUGGGGAUUGUGCAGGAGGAAGGGUUUUAGAGAUGGCUGGGAGUUGGGGCAGAGCCCAGGAUGGUGGUUUGGGGGGGAGUUGAAGACAAACUGGAUGGUAACAGGGAGGGGCUGGGCUCAGUGGGUCUUUCCAGCAGCCAUGCCAUGCUACGCACGCAUCCUUGCACCCGAACCAAAAUUCACUCCCCACCGUAGCACCCUUCAGGCUCUUGACCUGGGUCUCUUCUUUUAAUUGCCGUGGGUUUUCUAUUUAAUAGGACUGUUUUAUUGCCUAUUUCAAUUGUGGGUGUUUAUAUUUAAUGUUUGUGUAACUGGUUUUUGUACUUUGUAAGCCAUUUAAAAUCCGAUGUUGGCAUUAAAUGGUGUAUUAAAGUGGAAUGAGAAGGAAAAGAAAUGGGCCCAAGUCUUCCCAGUGGAAGGCAAAACAGUGGAUAUUAUUAUUAUUAUUAUUAUUAUUAUUAUUAUUAUUCACUUGCCAGUUGAACUUGCAGAGAAAUGAGGGAAUCAUCUCUCUUUUUGCAAAACUAUGGCCCAAAUAUGUCUUGAACCAAUUAUAAUUAAUAAUCAUUGUAAAGCUUUGAAUCCCCACUUCUGCAGACCUGGUGUCAACCAUCCUUCUUCAAAAUACACAGGAACAUCUCAGCACUGAGUGAGGAUUCCUUAGCCUCAGGCAUCCCAGGACCUAUUGUGAUCUAACUGCAUUUCUCUUACAGAUAUCUCCGCGCAGGAAGAAAAGCUGGUGGUCCGAGAAGGUGACACCGUCAGCCUGCUUUGUGAAGCUCAAGGCAAACCUAUUCCCUCCGUGACAUGGCUGAAGAACAACAAGCCCCUAAACAACAAUAUGCAGGGCAGUAAAGAUACCCUUCGACUGUCCAACAUUAAAUCAGAGGAUGCUGGGAUGUAUCAGUGUCAGGCAGAGAAUCCACAUGGCUCAAUCAGGAAGAAUAUUUCAGUGAUUGUGCAAUGUAAGAGAUGGGGAGCGGGAAGUUCCUUGGGGGCAUUAACCUGGGAAACUCCAUUGUAUGCUAAGUGGCUUGACCUGCAACUAAUACCAGCAUGCUUCCACUAAGGGGACCUCUGCAAAUGUACACUGCUGUGGCUGCAUUGUGCAGUGUGUCAGCCCAGUAGUGUGAGAUGCAGCUUUUGACAGCUUCAUCACAAGUUCAGGAGCCCCAUGAUGAGCUUACAUAUUUGCAGAAGCUUUCUAAGAAGUUAGUUUCAGGAUGCAUAAAUGCAGCCCCAGGGGCAAAACCACAAAUUCAAGUCACUGAACAUAACCUUUGUCUGAAAUCUGUGGGAGUAUCCUCAUUCACCAGGAGAGGGCAUAUUUAUGCAACCUCUCAUCAGAAUGACAGCUCUCUAAUAUUAAAUACAAAGGCCAAACUUAGAAGUUUCUGUUCACAUAUCUGUCUUACCCAUAAAGCAGGAUGUGCAGGACAUGGCUUUGAUGUUUUGCAAGAAAAGGUCUGCAUGGACAAUGGAGGAGAAUGGCUGAAUGCCCCUCUCCCACCUGCCCAUCUUCUGUUGCUUCAAGACCUUUUCGUCUAAUGAGCAUCUCAUGAAGGAAUAUCCCCAGGUGGCAAUGGUCUCACUGUUUGCUACCUGGAGAUGCAGAACAUAGUUCCUUUGCUUAUCCAAUGAAAAGGCUGCCAUAAGGAUGCUGCUUGUGGGGACCUAAGUCGUUUUGCAAAGUAAUUUCUCUCCCCCCUCUUAGGUACUAUGUGAUAGCCUCAUAGGUGGGCCUUGUGUUUAGCUGUUGGGGUGUUGCACAGUCCAAUACUCUGAUAUUCAUUUGGCAAACCGAGAAUCUGCAUUGUUUUUUUCUUUUUAGAAAGUAGCUGCCUAGAGUACAGUGGUACCUCAGGUUACAUACGCUUCAGGUUACAUACGCUUCAGGUUACAAACGCUUCAGGUUACAGACUCCGCUAACCCAGAAAUAGUACCUCGGGUUAAGAACUUUGCUUCAUGAUGAGAACAGAAAUCGUGCAGCGGCAGCAGGAGGCCCCAUUAGCUGAAGUGGUGCUUCAGGUUAAGAACAGUUUCAGGUUAAGAACGGACCUCCAGAACGAAUUAAGUUCUUAACCCAAGGUACCACUGUACUGUGACUAUUUAUGGAGGCCAACUCCCUUUUUCAUUAAGGGGUUCCUGAGCCUCUAAUAGCAGCAUGGGCAGAAGAAACCCAUUCAGGGCCACUUUUACUAUUGUUGCUGCCCCGUGACUGGAAAAGUCCAGGCCGCAUUGUUUUCUCCCACGAGAGGUGAUGGACUCUCCUUCCUUGGAGGCUGGGUGGCCAUCUGUCAUGGCUGCUUUAGUUGAGAUUCUUGCAUUGCAGGGGGUUGGACUAGAUGACCCUUUCUGUCCCUGCCAACUCUAAGAUUCUACGAGACACAGCUCUUAAGUUUUUGUAAACCAUUCCUGUAAAUUCUUUUAUUUUCAAACUGGACACAAGGGGGAAAGAAACUCCUUGCCUUCUGAACCCAAGCCAAAGCAGGAUUUUACCUUAGGUAACAGAGUAGGGAACUAGGGAGGCAGCAGUGUCUGCUCCCUGAUACUACUAGUGGAUGAAUUGUGGUAUUGCAACUGGUGCAGUCAUUAGCUAGAUCGGAAUGUGUUCUUCACCUUGGCUAAUUGGUUCUCUGCAGAUGCCCCCAAGCUCAGCAAAAACCCCGAGAAAAACACUGCCUGUUGGCGUAAAGACAAUGACAUCCUCUGCAAAUGCUCCCUGCACUCCAAGCCUCCACCUCAGAUCCAUUGGCAACUGGACGGGAAGACUGUAGCUGAGAACACCAGCACAGCAGACCUGAAAGUCUCUUCCUCAGUCCAGAAGAAUGAGGUCACCAGCUCCCUAAUUUGGACAGGUAGCCCGGAUGGCGACCUCAGCAUCAUCUGUCUUGGGAACAAUUCUCUGGGAGUCUACACCAUGCAAUUCCACCUUAGUUCCUUGAAAACAGGUAAGAGUCCACCAGACAGAGAAAUCCUGACUUUUGCAGCCCUGCCGAUAUUAGAAAAUCCCCUCUGUUGCCUCUUUCAAAAAAUGCAGCAAUCUGAUUAGCAAUGACAACAAUAGUGAUAGGAACAGAAUGGUGAUGUGGGGUUGGGGGAAAUCUGGAUCCAAGCAGGGGUAGAAGGCACACAGCCUGGAUUUCAAUCACAGCCUUGCAAUGUUUUGUUGUAAAAUGCUUUUAAAUCUUGCUCUGUCUGCUCUGUCUGUCUGUACACUGGGGACUCAGCUACAUUAGUCAAAAAACAGAAUUUUAAAUCUGCUAUAAACACCUAACACCAGAUGGCGCUGGAGAGCACAAAACUGUAGGGCGAUUUUACAUAGAGAUUUUUUCUUUUGUUAUAAUGAUUUAAUUUAUGACUUACUUAUAGAAUCCCCCCCCCCCCCGUGUGUAGAUCCACCCUGGGAUAAGGGAGAGCCACCCUCUCUGGGACAGUCAUUGCUGAUCCCUACGUUCCCAGCAGAUGGUGCAGGCUGGUCCAUUGGGGCAAAUGGGGCAUUGCCCCACCUACCGCAAUCUGUCCUCAGACAGUUCCAAUUGGCAGCCUUCUUACUUACAUGGCGGUGGCCCAGACUGCCAGCUUUCUCCUCCUUAGUCUCCAUUUUACCCUUACAGAACUCAGCAGGGAGGAAGAUAGGACUAUAACUGGAUUUAGUUGGCUCUACCAGUCUCUGGCUCCAGCUGUCAUUGGUGGUCUCCCUCCCUCCCUCCCUCCCUCCCUCCCUCCCUGCCUGUCCCGAUAGGCACCACUACCAGUAGAGCACCAGGAGCUCUGGAGCCUUACUUCUACUUAGAAAAAAGAAGGUGGCCACUGAUAACUGGCAUUGCUCCUCAGCAGCAUUCAGUUGGGGUGGUGGAGGAAGGCUCCAUGGCCUUGGCAGCUGUCAAGUUUCUGAUUUAUCAUGGAAAAUAUCACCAUGCAACACAGGAGAGUCUCAUCCGUCACUCUCCCAAUUUUCCAGUUACAGGUAGUUAGCUGUGUUAGUCUGCCAUAGUCAAAACAAAAUAAAAAAAAUUACUUCCAGUAGCACCUUAGAGACCAACUAAGUUUGCUGUUGGUAUGAGCGUUCGUGUUCAUGCACACUUCUUCAGAUACGCUGAAACAGAAGUCACCAGACCCUUAUAUAUAGUGAGAGGGUGGGGAGGGGUAUUACUCAGAAGGGUGGUGGGAAUGGGUGAUUGCCUGAUAGGUGUGGUAAACCUAUCCACCAAUUGUCGUGGCUAAAAAUUGGCCACUGUUUCUUUAAUGCUAAAACAACUAAGUCAGCAUGAGUCAGCAGCCUACAAUGACUCAUACAAUAUUUCACCUAAUUGUACCUGUAUAUAUGGAGUGGUCAAUGUUAGUGUUGGCUGUGGUUUGGUUGGUUGGUAGCUGGUUGUGUUUGGUUUGUGUUAAAGCUGUUGGUCGUGGUUGGAAAAGAAGACUUUUUAAGAAUAAAAGCAGCAAUACUCUGCAAGAAUACUCUUUCUCAAAGACUCAUUUGUUGCCAACUAAGGUCUGAGAACUAGGCAAAGGAGUAAAAAGGAGGUCAGAACCUUUUAUUUUUCAAACACUGACACCAAUCAGCCAAUAGGUGUGGUAAACCUAUCAGCCAAUCACCCAUUCCCACCACUCUUCUGAGUAAUACACCUCCCCACACUCUCACUAUAUAGAGUGGCACCUUGGGUUACAUACGCUUCAGGUUACAGACUCCGCUAACCCAGAAAUAGUACCUCGGGUGAAGAACUUUGCUUCAGGAUGAGAACAGAAAUUGUGUGGCGGUGGCGCAGCGGCACUGGGAUGCCCCAUUAGAUAAAGUGUUACCUCAGGUUAAGAACAGUUUCAGGUUAAGAAUGGACCUCCAGAACGAAUUAAGUUCCUAACCCAAGGUACCACUGCAUAAGGAUCUGGUGACUUCUGUUUCAGUGUAUGUGAAGAAGUGUGCAUGCACACGAAAGCUCAUACCAAUAACAAACUUAGUUGGUCUCUAAGGUGCUACUGGAAGGGAUUUUUUAUUUCUCCCAAUAUUGUUGGACUCCAACUCUCAACAGUUCCUGCCAGCAUGGCUCAAUGGUCAGGAAAGAUGGGAGAUAGAGUCCAGCAGCAUCUGGAGGGAAACAGAUCAGACAUCCCUGUGUGAAAUAAUCUUGUCUCCUGUUUUACGUCUCUUGCUUUACUGUGAGCCGGUUCUGCUUUGUUCACAUUGACUUUUAUUUUUGCUUCUUUUCAGCUUCUUCUGAGUUGAUUGUUCCCUUGGUGGUAGGCCUUAUCCUGAUGAAGUAAGUAAUCUUCCUUCUUCUGGUUUUUGUAUCUGCCCUGGGAGCCAGAUUUGGCUUAAAUGUGGGGUCACCUGUGUGAGGUGACGAUAGCAAGAAGCCCACCCAAAUCCCCUUUCGCCUUUGUUGAUCUUGAUCCUAGGGUGUUCCCUCCUCCCCUCUUGUGGCUAAUGGCUCUCUUAUGUCACCAUCUGCUUCUAGGGUCUUGUUUUGUUUCGUGUUCUUUUCCUUGGCCUUUUGGUAUUCGAACUGGAGGAAGGCUCCAUUGACCCAAGAGGGCAGAAGGAAGCAAAAAGAAUGA